GGGCCUGAAUGUGUUGCGUCAAGCUCCGUGUGGGUGCGUGUGGGUGCAGGUGUGGGUGGAAUUCAGGUGGAGAGGCGCGGGGAAUUACUGAACAAGCAAGGAGCCACUCACUCACCUGUGUGGAGCUGCGCCCUUCUCUCAGGUACGAUGAUUCCCCAGAGUGGUGGCAACUACACGUACCUACACGAGGCGUACGGACCCAUGCCUGCCUUCAUCUUGAUUUGGAUGACCGUGACCAUCGCCAUCCCGGGCAGCAGGGCGGUGGCGGCGCUCACCUUCGCAAAUUACGUGGUGCAGCCUUUCUUCCCUAAUGAACAGACCCCGCCUCAGUCAGCGCUGCGCAUCAUUGGGAUAUUGCUUAUUCUGCUGCUCACCUACAUCAACGCGAGGCGAGUCCGUUGGGCCACCAAAGUGCAGGACAUUCUUGCGCUCACGAAGGUACUCGCCCUCAUCAUGAUCAUCAUGGUAGGGUUCUUUCACCUGUUCCGAGGCACCACCGAUAACUUCAAGGACCCCAUGGAAGGCACCUCCACCAGCCCUACCAUGGUGGCCACUGCCUUCUACCACACUCUGUACGCUUAUGAAGGCUGGGACAGCCUCAACAGUAUUAUGGAGGAGCUGAAAGACCCAUUCAGAAACAUGCCCCGAGCCAUCGCCAUCUCGGUCACUAUCGUCAUAAUAAUCUACAUGCUGACCAACGUGGCUUACUUCGCUGUGCUGCCCAAGGACCUGCUGCUCUCCUCGCCUGCUGUGGCUGUGACAUUCGGCAACCUGGCUCUGGGGAUGAUGGCGUGGACGAUUCCAAUCUUCGUGGCGUGUUCUAUCAGUGGUGGUCUCAACGGCAGCACCUUCGCCACGUCCAGACUGCUGUUUGUGGGUUCGCGCCGCGGUCACCUGCCUCGCGCCCUGUCCUUCGUGCACGUGGAUAACAACACACCUGUCAUCUCCCUCUUCUUCUCUGCGGUGCUGUCUAUGCUGAUGUUCGUGACUUCAGAUGUUCGUGUGCUCAUCAACUAUUUAUCCUUCUCCGGGAACCUGCUGGCGCUCUUGUGUCUGAGUACCUUCUUCUGGUUCCGCGUGAAGCAGCCCAACCUGGCGCGGCCCAUCAAGGUGUGGAUCGGCUUCCCUAUCAUCUUCAGCAUCCUCUCCUUCUUCCUGUGCGUCAUGCCCGUCAUAAGGAAUCCCCUGGAGGUGGCGGCCGCCCUUGCAGUCAUCGUUACUGGGCUUCCUGUGUAUUACUUCCUCGUGCGUAAUGAAGUGAAGCCGCAGCGCCUCGUCACUGCCAUGGACAAGGUCACCUACGUGUGCCAGUUGUUCUUCAAGGCUGUACCUGAAGAGCGAGCCAGUUAAGCCAACAUAGCAACGCGCCUCCCACACUCCAUCCCUCGUGCUGGCAGUCAUUCCCUCCCUUGUUCAGCCCAUCAUCUCCCUCCCUGUACCUUCAGUCCUCUCACCUUCCUCACUAUCUACACCCUCCAGGACCCCCAUCACCUUCCUUCCCCAGACAUAAACGAUAUACUCGAAACACCUUCAGUUUACCCGGAAUAACUUCCAUUUUCUUCCACACUUUCGUGUCCGUUUUCUCUUUCUUCGAGUAUUUUCAUCAAUUUCUCCAAUACCUCUUUUUUACCAAGGUUAUCAGGUGUUCCCUAAGUUUGUUAAUAUAUUUUGAGAACCUUGUAACUGGAGUAAACCGAAGUAGGUUAUCACUAAGGUGAAAUUAAGGAAAACAGUGGCCAGGAAGCACCGAGUAGCCUGACAUCUAAUGGCCUGGCGACCAACUAGAUGAUAUGGCUGGUGUACCGCCGUGUAGGGAUAUUAUCGUUAAAAUUUAGUGGCCCUACACGUUUCUCCAUACCUCCUUCUCACUGCCGUUACCGCUGCCCUCCUCCUCCUCCUACAUACACACACAUACACACACACACACAUUUCUUUUUCUCGACUUCGGAAGCGUUUACAUUAAUUUUUAUAAGAAGCUUAGUUUUUUUUUUUUUUAUUCAUUUUUUUCUCUCGUCAGAAUUAUAUUAUACAGUUACUGAGUUUUUUCUUCUUACUCUUAGGACCUUACAUAUACGUAAUACAAGUGUAGUAAGCUAUAAAGUUAUAAAGAUAUGGAAGAUAGUUAAAGUAAUCACACUGUUCAAUUGUAUAGAUGACUUGGUGGACAUUUAAGAUCGUUCCUUGCUCAUCUUUCGUCUCAAAAAUGUGAGUCAGUUAAUUUCCCUUUCUAAUGUUGUUCCUUUCCACACGUUACCAAACAAAAAAAUUCCAAAAUGCUUCUUUCUCGUCUAGUUCACCGUCACACAACUCCGUCACCCUGAGCCAGUUUUGUUAAUAUUUCUUUUCUUCUUCUUCUUCUCUCUUUUUUUUUUUUUUUCCACUUAUGCACAUUUCGAAAGUUCAUGAUAACUGACAACUCGUCCCUCCUCCUCCCCUACCUCCCACACUCUUCUUACCCUCCCUCUCUUUCCCCUAAUCCCCCUCCCUCACCCGUCUCUUAUCUCUCCCCCACCCUCCCAUUCCCACUCUAGUUUUCUCUUUCAGUAAUUCUUCCUCAUUCACUCACUCCCUAUUCAGUUUUCAAGUUACAAAAUUACAUUGAGGAUAGGAAUAGCAUUUUAUCAUUCACCAGACAGUUAUUUCGUCCAUAACUUCUUAAUUAAUGGUAAUGUUCGAUAAUAGUUAAACCUAAUACAUAUUUCGCCUUGGUCCGUCAGGAGUCGCCACAGCUGAACACCCGUUUAUAUUUUAUUUAUUGUUUUAUGAUUGUUUUCUUCUUCUGUUGACAUCUGUCUUCUAUUGUUUUCUGCUGUUGACAUCUGUCGCUUUUAUGUCUCCCUUUAAUGCCUCGUAAACUUUUUUUGGUCAAGUACGACAUUCUUCCCCUCAAGUACGAUAGUUUUGCCGUGGUGAAAGGUGUCGUAGGCUAUCGUCACAAGCCUAUCGUUGCCUCAGUCAGCGUUGAGUGCAGCCGGGAGAGAGGUGUCACACGAUCCGUUGUGUUUUAGGGAAAAUUUUAACGUCCUUGCGUACUAAUCCACACACAGCACCGCAAAUACGUGAACUCAACGCAACAUAUAUCAUCGGGACGGGAAUGUAAAUAGAGGUAGUUGGUAGUCACAGUAAAACUUGUCCUUAUAUUAUUCUGGUAGUUAGAUCGUUACUUAUUUUAUUAUAUGUAUACUUUAUUUGUUGUGUCUGAUUAUUUUUGUAGAAUCUUUUAUAUACGAGGUGGUCAAAUUGCAUUGUGCGAGAGGGGAGGAGUGAGGUGGUGAUGGUGGUGGUGGUUGUGGUGAAGUUUACAAAUUAAACUAGUCAGUGCUCUGUCUAUGCUAGUUUCUGUUAAAUCUGACCAAAUUACUUUUAUUAUAUUAUAAGUCAUUGUUGCUCGUUACCAUUGGUUUGUUUUUGUUGUUAUUGUUAUUGUAAUAGAUUUGGUGCACCGUGCGAUUUAUCAUUUAGUCGUCAUUACUUUUUUCGUUACUGUUUUAUUGUUUUAUUUAUUUUUAAUAGAUUUGGUGCUCCGUGCGAGUUGGACCUAGAAAUUUUAAGGAAAACCUAACAUAGAAAACGACGUAGUUUUAUAGGAAACUAAACGAAAAUAGUUUCGAUGUAACGGUCAUUAUUGUUAUUUGUUAUCAUUAGUUAUUUUAUUAUUUUAAUAGAUUUGGUGCCACAUAUGAAUCACCACUGAUAUAUUAUCCUAGUUUUCUUUUAUUUAUUUUAUCUUAUUCUAUUUGGUUUUCUUAAUAAAGUUGGUGCUAUAUGCGAGUUGUACGUACUUACCUGGUAAUUUUGAAGAAAGCACAAUGUAGAAAACGGUGUAUUUUACAGGAAACUAAAGAAAAAUAAUUUUAGUGAUGAUCAUUCCCGCUCGUUACUAGUGACGUCUUUUUUCUUUUAUUA